AUGAGGUGGCCUAUGGCAAACCGGGCAUUGCUAACGUUGCGCAGCCCGCAGUUUUGCGCACUCGGAUCUUUGCGUCGUCUCCCCCUUCGACGCGACUACGUCCACUCGAAACGAUUCGAUGCGAUCAGCUCGUUCUCUACCCCGUCGAACCGUGGACGGUCCUUGUCGUAUGCCGAAAAGGAGCGCCGCAAGUCAAAUACACCACGGAAACUCAAGGCACUGCUUGGGUCAACUUUACCCGCACGCAAUGAAUAUGAUGGCAGUGCCCAGCGCAAUGGGGGCUCACGGCUGCAGGAGGACCGUGAAGAUACACUCAACGACUUGAGGGAGAGUGAACUGGAGUUCAGCAUGACGAAUCUGCGGCGGACGGUACGGCUGCCAACGCAAGACGACCUGUCCUCGAUGCCUUCAGGCUACUUCCGGAUGCCCUGGAAAGCUGUCGCCACAGCCGUCCAAGCUCUUGGCGGAACUCACUCGGUGCAACCAGCCCAGUCGAUGCUUUCAGGUUCUGGCAAGAAAUUCUCCCGAACUGACAUUAUUAUCAACCUUCCGGGCAACGACAGUGUGGUUGCCGCUGGUGAUGGCUGCAGUCCAGAACGAGCCAAGCGUGCUGCGGGUCUGCAUGCGCUGGCUAAGAUGCGUGAUAUGGAUGUGCUGACUUUCGCUGGCUCGCAAUCUAAAGAAGAGUUUGAGGACGAGAAGGAGGGCAUGAUGGAUAUUUACAACUACGCCGCGCGUUAUCGCUGCGUCCCCAGUGUCUCGAUUCGUGAACGCCGUGGUCUCUUCAGCAUUGCCAUCGACAUGCCUCAACACGGCAUCAACGUGGCAAUCAAUGUCGUGGGCUCUGUAGCUCAUGCCGAGGCGGCUGCGGCUCUUGAGUUCAAGAACCAGGCUGAGCUGUACCAUCUCAGGAGAGGGGCAGAUACCGUCGUCGUGAGGGACCCUCAUUCCCUCAGCACCCGCAAUGCCCCUGGCUUUUUCAUUUACUGCCGUGAUCAAGGUGAACACUUGGGCGCAUUCAACGUGUCGUUACAACGGCUCGGGGAGAUGUGGGUGGGCACGCCGGUUUUUGGACGCCCCGACCUGCAAGUGGACCCAAAGGUCAAGGUCAGAACAAGAAGUAAGGACCAUGCGGUGAAGAUUGCGAAACUAGUCGGAGCACUAUCGGUCCUCAAGACGAAGCCACAUCUUUUCGACAACUUCAGCAAGGCUUUACAAGCGGGGAACGGCAAGUACCUCGGAAAGCCCAGGCCAACGGAGGUAGUCCUGAACCCCGAAGUCCUGCAAGAAUUGAAUGCAAUACAGGCUUUGGGAUGGCCGCACGAGCCAUUGCCACGCGUCCAUCCAGUUCAGUUCAGGAAUGAACCCGCCCGACACACUCGACCCAAACACGCUCUCACACAAGAACAGAUUGCGAUGAAGUCAUUUCGACUAAAGGAGAAGAUGGACGAAUACAAGACGCGUGGUGACCUGGAACAUCUACGCCAGACACGGUCAGAACUGCCAAUGGCCCAAUACGCUUCUCGCGUCAGGCAGAUUGUGCACGACAAUGUCUACUGCGUGGUCAUUGGAGCGACUGGAAGCGGCAAAACCACCCAAGUUCCUCAGAUCCUCCUUGAUCAGGCCAUCGAGAGCGGUACCGGCGCCUCUUGUAAUGUCAUUUGCACACAGCCUCGUCGCAUUGCGGCGACAUCGGUGGCUCGGAGGGUGGCGGGUGAGCGGGCCGAACAGCUUCAGGAGACCGUCGGCUACCAUGUGCGGUUUGAUGCGAAGCUGCCAAACCCUGGCGGAAGCAUACUCUACUGCACAGCCGGAAUCCUACUCCAGCAGCUUCAGCAUGCCCCAGACGACGUGUUCGACCAUAUUUCCCACCUAGUCAUCGACGAAGUCCACGAGAGAGACCUCAUCAAUGACUUCCUCUUGACCACACUCAAGUACACAAUGGCAGCCCGUGCCGCACAGGGCAAGAAGCUGCCGCGCGUUGUUCUGAUGAGUGCGACAAUAGACGCAGGGCAGUUCGCAGCAUACUUCAGAAACAGUCUGCCAUCUGCCGACUCGACUGACUGUCCCACAUUGAACGUGCCGGGUCGGACCUUUCCAGUCCAAGAGUAUUACCUGGAUGAGGUUCUUGGGGCGAUGAAAGAUACGCAUGACCAGCAGAACCUCAAACUGUUGCGUACGGAUAAAAAAACGGUCGAGUACCUCAAGGCAGAGAAAAUCGACGUGGGCAGUUCUCUCGCAAACGCAGACACCUACCCUGACUCCGUCAUCGACUGGAAGAGCCAAGCCGUCACUGCUGGACUUGAAGAUAUCUUUCACUCACACGACAAGGACGACGGACUGGUACCAUUGGGCCUGGCAGCCACAGCAGUUGCCCAUAUUACCAAGACUUCUGAGAGUGGUGCCAUCCUCGUGUUCCUCCCUGGCUGGGACGAAAUAAAAGAUGUGGACGAGCUGCUGCGCGCCCAAUCCCCCCUCGACGUCGAUUUCAACGACCCACAACGGUUCCAGAUCAUCAUGCUGCACUCCUCCAUACAGGACAGUCAGAAGAGGGUAUUUGACCCGGUCCCAGAACGCUGCAGGAAAAUUAUCCUCAGCACCAACAUUGCCGAGACAUCUGUGACAAUUCCGGAUGUGCAGUUUGUCGUCGACACCGGCAAGUGCCGCGAGAAGCGUUACGACCAGACGAGACGCAUCACCCAACUCCAGUGCACCUGGAUCAGCAAGUCCAAUGCCAAGCAGCGAGCGGGACGAGCCGGCCGUGUCCAAGAUGGAGUUUACUAUGCACUGUUCACCAGGUCUCGGCGUGAGUCCAUGAGGACUAGCGCCUUGCCGGAACUACUGCGCUCAGACUUGCAGGAGACUUGUUUGGACGUCAAGACGCAUCCCAUCAAAAUGCCGGUGGCCGAGUUUCUCGCAGGAGCCAUCGAGCCCCCUCCGCCCUCCGCUGUUGAAACUGCCAUGCAAAACCUCGUAUCCCUCGGUGCUCUGACUAAAAAAGAGGAGCUGACACCGUUGGGCCGUGUUUUGGCGUCUCUGCCCGUCCAUCCAACAUUGGGCAAGAUGAUAAUACUUGGGGUCAUCUUCAGAUGUUUGGACCCAAUGAUCACUCUCGGCGCUGCAGCACAUCAGCGUCCGCUUAUCACGAGUCCUCUUAAUCAGAGAUCUGCGGUCGACGAGAUGAAAAAGAAGUUGGCAGGUCCGUCCGAGAGUGACCACAUAAUGCUUCUAGAAGCCUUUGGCGAGGCUCGCCAAGCCUCAGCUCGCGGCGGCCGGGAGGCAUACAAUAUGUUUCGCAGUAAUUUUAUGAGCCGCGGAGCGUUCAAGAAUAUCGACAUGACGGCACGUGACAUCGUCGGCAUUCUGACCAAGGCCGGGCUCAUCGAAAACCAGAACAUCGAGACAACGCUCCAGUACGGCGGCCGACACAUGAAUGCCAACUCGGGCUCCGAGGCACUCGUAAAGGCUCUGCUUGUGGCUGGACUGUACCCCAACCUCGCUGUGCAAACUAGACCGGACCUCUUCCGUACGUCUUCCGAGAAUAAUGUCAGAAUGCAUCCAUCAUCAGUCAAUGACGAACUAGUGUCAGCUGCCAGCUUUUUCACCUACAACAGCCUGUCUCUCUCCAGCGAUGGGAACUCCAUGUACCUUCGAGAGUCUUCAUCGGUCACACCCCUAAUGGCACUCUUGUUCGGCGGCCCGCUCGUCCCGCGCGGAGCAGUCCUCGAGAUGGAUCAGUGGCUGCCAAUGUUCAUCAUGGCGGACGUGCCCGGAACCGGACCACAGACCUCGCUUGGCGGCCAACUCGUCUCGGACCAGGUCUUGUUCCUGCGCCGGCUCCUAGACAGGGUGCUCGCAGCGGCUUUCAGAGACCUGGCCUCCAAGACGCCCCUCGCCGAGGACCCCAUGCGCUCAGAGCUCGUGUUCAAGCUGGUCAGGGUCCUGAACCGGGAGGCCGGCGAUCAGGGGAAUCUACGCCCUGGUAGCCCGACUCGAGAGGCGGGUCUGGAGGUGAAGCUGCGUCCUGCUGAGCAGUUACGGUGGUCAAGGGCUGGGGCCUGGCCUGGUGCUGCCAACAGGCCGUCUAGCCGGUUCGGGGCUUCGAUAACGUCACGUCAAUGCUCGUUGUAG